AUGCCCAGCAAAUUACGCGUCGCCGUUGUUGGAGGAGGAGUGUGUGGAAUGACCUGCUCCGUUGCUCUCCUGAAAGAAGGUGUUGACACGCAUGUGUAUGAGGCGGGUGCCAGGCUCGGAGAAGUCGAAGCGGGUAUACCUGUCGUACGCAUUCUCAAGGCAAUCGGGAUAUGGAACGAUAUCGUCUCCCGGAACAGGCAGCCUUCCAUCGUCCGUGCGCACCCAGCAGCGAAUCCCGCAGCGCAGGUUGAAGCUAAGGUAUCGCACGAUGGGCAGCAGCGCCGGUACUUCCAAUUUGUGUCCGGUAUGGCUGGGCAUGAAGUUCUCUGCGAUCAGGAUCCCGGAGAGCCAGUGGCUAAAGGCAUAAAUCGUAGCGUUUUCCUAAAUGCACUGGCACACCACGUCGACCCGAAACGCGUUCACCUGCGCAAGCAGUGCACCAGAAUCACAGCAGCUGCUCAUGGAGCUAUUUUGCAUUUUCAGGAUGGAACUACUACAACUGCUGAUAUCGUACUUGGAGCAGACGGAAUACGGAGUUUAGUUCGCCGUUACGUCACGGACUCAUUAGACGCAAACAUCGAUCCGCACCUUAAGCUCAGCAGGACAGUCUGCUACAGGGCUUUAAUCCCAGUAUCGAAAGCUUUCGCCUCCGGUACUACUAUGGAUUUCACCAAGCAGCCGGUCUGCUUCGUCGGCGAGAACAAGCACAUAACCGCGUACAAUGUCAAAGCCGGUACCUUGGUCAACGUAGCUGCGUUCGCUUCAGACCCCAACUCCGCUGCUGAUAACUGCCCACCUUCGAAUCAUGACGCGGUACAAGAAGUCUCGACCAGUGAUGUUCUUGAAGUGUUUCGAAGCUGGGGGCCCGAGGUCGUAAACCUACUGUCGUGCGCGGAGAGGUUCGUGAAGUGGAACAACGAUGUCGUUUACCCUCCGAUCGAUCCUAGGAAAUGGGUGAAGGGUCGGGUCGCGAUUCUCGGUGAUGCUGCCCAUGGGAUGCUUGCACACGAUGGUGCAGGUGCAGGUCAAGGAAUUGAAGAUGCAUAUCUUCUUGCGAAGCUCCUAGGUCAUCCGCAAGCGACCCAUAAUGCAGCUGACGCAAUCCUCCGAACAUAUGCUGUUGUCCGCCAGCCUCGAGCUCAGGACGUUUGGGAAGGUAGCAGAUGCACCGGAGAUAUCCUCGAGAGCCGCACCGAAGGCUUUGAAGUGGAGAGGCUUUACGAGAUCUGGCAUUACGUUUGGGACCGACCGACAAACGCAGAUUUUGAGGAGGCUAAUCGAAUCCUGGUGGGGAAAAAUGUAUUUGUCAAGGCCGCCCUAUGA